AUGGUUUUUCGAAAAAGACAAUUAAUAUCUUAUUUAAAUGCAGCUUUAGUGGAUUUACCUACUCCUUCAAAUAUUAAUUAUAUAUGAAAUUUUGGUUCCUUAUUAGGUGUUUGUUUAUUAAUUCAGAUUAUUUCUGGUUUAUUUUUGUCUUUUCAUUAUUGUAGAGAUAUAAAUAUGGCUUUUUCUUGUAUUUCUCGUAUUGUUCGAGAUUGUAAUAGAGGUUGGUUAAUUCGAAGAAUUCAUGCUAAUGGUGCUUCUAUAUUUUUUAUCUUAAUUUAUUUACAUAUUGGUCGAGGAAUUUAUUAUCAUUCGUAUUAUAAGAUUAAGACUUGAAGAAUAGGGGUAAUAAUUUUAUUAGUAUUGAUAGCUACUGCUUUUAUAGGGUACGUUUUACCUUGAGGACAAAUAUCUUUUUGAGGGGCUACGGUAAUUACUAAUUUAUUAAGAGCAAUUCCUUAUAUUGGAGAAAUAUUAACUUAUUGAGUAUGAGGGGGUUAUUCCGUAGGUGGUGUUACCUUAAUACGAUUUUUUUCAUUACAUUUUUUAAUACCUUUUAUUUUAAUAUUAAUAGUAGUAAUACAUAUUAUUUUUUUACAUGAAGAUGGGUCAAGAAAUCCUUUAGGGGUAAGAAGAAAUAUUGAUAAGGUUCCUUUUCAUCCUUACUAUACUUAUAAGGAUAUUUUAGGUAUUAUAAUUUUAUUAAUAGUAUUUAUAUAUGUAGUGUUAAUUAAACCUUAUAUAUUUAUAGAUCCUGAAAAUUUUAUUCCCGCUAAUAUAAUGGUUACACCUCCGCAUAUUCAACCUGAAUGAUAUUUCUUAUUUGCAUACGCAAUUUUACGUUCUAUUCCUAAUAAGUUAGGUGGGGUAAUUGGUUUAGUAAUAAGAAUUAUAAUUUUAUUUUUAUUACCUUGAUUAUCUAAAAAUUAUUAUAUAAAUUCUUCUUUUUAUAUUAUAAAUAAGAUUUUAUUUUGAAUUUUUGUAAAUAUUUUUAUUAUAUUAACUUUCUUGGGAUCGUGUCCUGUAGAAAGACCUUAUAUUUUAUUAAGUCAAAUUUAUACAAUUAUGUAUUUUAUUUACUUACUAGUACGUCCUUAUAUUUUUUAG